GAUUUUUUUUUUCCAUUACUCUCUUUCUCGCUCUAUCAGGUCGGGAUCGUUACUCAAAGAUCGGAUCGAGAGUUGCAGCUGUUGGACUUGGACCCUACACCUCUCUCUCUGUGCAAGGUGGUUUAGAUUGAUCUGAAAAGAGAAGAUAUAGUUUCAUCUUUCAUGCAUUUAUUUUGUUUUCUCUACUGAUAUUAAUCAAAGGUAUUUUGAGGUGAAAUUUUGAUGUUUAAUUUUGUCUUUCUUUCACAGGAGGAUAGAUUUUUUUAAAGAAAUCUGGAGAACUGAGGUUGUUUGGAUAUGGAGAUUGUUGGAUUUUUCUGAGGUUUGGUUUUGAAAAGGAAAAUUUCUUAAUAUUUUCAUUACGUAAAAUGGAUCUCGAAUGAUCCUUUAGACCAUCAAUUUCUUGCAUCUCACGACGAGACUGAGAAAGGAAAGAGCUUUUAAGAGAAGCGUUGAUUAAUUCAGUUUCCGGUAAUUAGAAUAUAUAGUAAUCGGAGAUUUUUUGUGGGAAGAAGAUUUUAAUUAAGUUUUCUUUGAUGGUUUGUAGUUGGUAAGUGGGAAGAAGAAAUGUCAUCAUCGAACUCGCCAUGUGCGGCGUGCAAGUUUCUCAGGCGAAAAUGCACGCCAGAAUGCAUUUUUGCACCCUAUUUUCCAUCGGACCAGCCGCUAAAGUUUUCUAGUGUCCACAGGGUAUUCGGCGCUAGCAAUGUCGCUAAGCUUCUCAACGAGCUUAACACUGCCCAACGUGAAGAUGCCGUCAAUUCCCUUGCUUAUGAAGCUGAGGAGCGUCUCCGAGAUCCUGUCUAUGGCUGCGUGGGUCUGAUCUCUAUCCUUCAACAGAGACUCAAGCAACUUCAGAAUGAUCUCUACCAUGCUAAGAAAGAACUUGCACAGUAUGUUGGGCCUAGUGCAAUGCUUCCCAUUCUGCAACCGCCGAUGUUUAUGCCACAACAGCAGUUCCCGAUGAUGGGUAUUGCUACUGGGCCAGCGCAUGGCGGGCAACUGAUGAUAAGAGACCAUCCACAGCAGCCACACCAGCAUCCAACAAAUCAGCAGCAGCAGCAACAGUUCUUUGAGGCUCAGCAAUUGGCUGCCACUGUGGCCGUAAGAGACCAGCAAGAGCUGUUUAGGGCUCAUGAUCAGCAGCAACAAAAUCAAUCACAGCAUCAGCAAGAACUUGUAAGGUUUAAUAGUGGAUUUGACGCAGCAGGAUCGGUUACUGCUACUGGAUACAAUCAGCUAAGCGCCGCUUCUCUGGGCGACUAUGACAACUCUUACCAGAUUCUAUCUCAAGCGGAGCACCAUCAUCAUCAGCUUCAGGAACAGCUUUUGAUUCAACAGGAGCAACAACAGCCUCCCCAGCAAACCCAACUGCAACAGCAAAGGUCUGGAAGUGAAGAAGGCAGGAGUGUCAGUCCAUCUUGUUGAAACUUUGCUAGUCUCGUUGACCUUCUCGCUGGUUCCAUUGAAGCAAAUUUUCUAUUAAGGUACGUGUUCUUUGUUGAUGCACUGCAGUCGAAUGGUGAGAGUUCGAUUCACUUGAAUUGUUGAGGCGUGAUCCUAAAUAAAUAUUUUUCGUUCUCGCUCAACAUGAAUUGUCUUGGAUUUAUGGAUGAUUUUGAUGUCCUCUGUAUUCUGGGCAGGGUUUUCAUUCAUGGGUUAAUAUAGUUUUCUGGCAGAAUAAAACCAGAGUUGCUCUUUAUUGCAUACAGAAAUAUGGCUAGGGAUAUGGCCUUCAAUCUUCUUAUGAACAGUUCGAACCUCUAGUUCUUCUAAUACGCAUUAAUUGAUCACAUAGAGUUGCAGGAGAAUUUGCACUAGACGUUUUUUUUUUU